AUGGGUAAAGCUGUGGCUUCCGCAGCCUGGGCUUGCAAGCAACUCGUUGACAACGAGGAAUUCGACCGCCUCUUGAAGGAGUAUCCGAUGUUCGCAGCCGACGUAGCUAUGGCGGCGACGAGACGACCGACUCCGUCGCGAUACCGAACGACGCAGACGUUAUACGGAGAACAACAGGUUGCGAGAGCUCGAGUUCGACCUGCGCGGCUAAAAGCGCGCUACGGAGGAAGAUAUAAAGCGGGCUUCGCUGUGGGGACUUUGGGGAGGCCAGUUAUCUAUGAAGAGAGAUGCCUUACUUUUAGGUCUCUUCAUAGGUUGCAAUUUGCGCCUUCUUUCUCAUGCAACUUCUUUGAAGCUCAUGCUUAG